AUGGCGAGCUGCUCAAGGACUAGCGGGAAGGACUGUUUUGGCGGGUGUUUGAGCAUGACGUCUGCUAAAAAGAAGAAGGAUUUUAAGUCUGAAACAGUUGUUUCUUCUCUCCGCGAAAUUUACGAAAAACGCAUCCGCCCUUUAGAAACUUCCUAUCAGUUCUCUGCAUUUCAUUCUCCAAUUUUGGAUGCCGGAGAUUUCACAGCGAAACCCAUGAUUCUUCUCCUGGGCCAAUACUCUACUGGUAAAACAACGUUCAUUAAAUACCUGCUGGGCGAGGCGUUCCCCGGGAUGCACAUUGGACCGGAGCCAACGACAGACCGCUUCUGUGUGGUCAUGCAUGGGGAGCGUGGUAUAAUACCAGGCAAUGCACUUGUAGUUGAUGCAGACAAGCCGUUUCGCCCACUCUCUCGAUUCGGCAAUAAUUUCCUCAAUCGGUUCCAGUGUUGUAUGCUAAAAAAUUCUGUGUUGGAGAACUUAUCUAUCGUGGAUACCCCUGGGAUAUUGAGUGGAGAAAAGCAGCGUUUAGACCGCGGCUACGAGUUUACCGAGGUUGUUCACUGGUUCGCGGAAGUUGUUGAUCGGAUUAUCCUUCUCUUCGAUGCCCACAAAUUGGAUAUAUCAGAUGAGUUUCGUCGUGUUAUUGAGUCGCUGCGCGGUUAUGACGACAAAAUUCGAAUUGUUCUCAACAAGGCCGACAUGAUUGAUUCCCAGCAGUUAAUGCGUGUGUACGGUGCUCUUAUGUGGGGACUUGGGAAGGUGCUUGGUACUCCUGAGGUUGUCCGUGUUCAUAUUGGUUCAUUCUGGGAUCAACCUCUGCAUUUCGACAUGAAUCGUCGACUUUUCGAGCUCGAAGCUCAGGACCUAUUCCGCGACUUGCAAUCGUUGCCUGCAAACUCUGCCAUGCGAAAGCUGAACGAUUUUAUUCGGCGCGUUCGUCUAGCAAAAGUACAUGCCUAUAUAAUUGGACAUUUGAAGAGGGAGAUGCCAAGCUUUAUGGGGAAAUCGAAGAAGAAACAGGAGUUGCUAAAGAAUUUGGAUCAAACCUAUUCAGUAAUUUCAAGACAGUAUCAUAUUCCGCUUGGCGAUUUUCCGGAUGUGAACAAGAUGCGCACCUUGCUCCAAGACCACGAUUUCUCCUCAUUUAGUCCACUAAAGCCGCGGUUGUUGGAGCACAUUGACAGUGUGUUGGGUGAGGAGAUCCCUCGGCUCAUGCAAAUGAUUCCUCACGAAAAAAUUGCAAUUAUCCAGGAUGGGACUGGUGCCGUACGAGGUGGUGCGUUUGAAAGUAACACUGGCGAUAGUCCGUUCACUGCGGAUGCGAACUUAAGCAUCAACCAAGGUCGCUACGAUUCUACUUGGAUCGUGGACAAGUACCGGAGAGAGUGGGAUCAGACUUUCCAGUCGCUAAAUCCUAAAGAUGGCUUAGUCACCGGAGACGUGGUCAAACCGAUCCUGGUCGCCUCACAACUUCCAAAUUCUGUGCUUCGAACCAUUUGGCAACUGUCUGACGUGGACAAAGAUGGUCGUCUGGAUGCCGAUGAAUUUGCUUUGGCCAACUACUUGAUCAAGCUGAAAGUGGAAGGCAACGAUCUUCCCUCAGCGUUACCGGACCAUCUUGUUCCACCGUCAAAACGUUCCGAACAGGCUCCUGAUUGUGUACCAAAUGGGUCCGUGCCUUGAGGACUUGUAGAUCAUCAUGUAUUAUCGGAUGAUCUCUGUAUAUUUUGUCUCACUACAUCAGACCUCAUGUUCGGUUUUAAAGCCGCACCACCUAUUGAAGGGUAUCACAUCUAACCUACGUUCUGAGCAAUGUAUGUGAGCCAUUCAUUGAUUGUUCAGGUAGCAGUCAUGUUAGAAGACACUGUGAUAAAUACCUUCUUCAUUCCACAUUACAUCCGCGCCCCCAUUAUACAUACCUCCGUUCCAGAGACAUGUUCAAAUACCUUGCAUUCCUCUGGGUUCUUAGUGCAUUCUGUCCAUCCCCCAGUUUUUUUUUCUAAUGGUAUUAAUUUGGGCUCAGUGUUCAGUGACCGCCAGCAGAAUAUUGAUUUUGUGUUUCUGGUUUACUACCCCAUGCACACACAUCAUCAGUAAAUUUAUAGCCGUUUUUUCAUCGAUUCAAUCAACAGAUUGCGCACCAGGGAGGCAUUAUCACAACUCUCUCGUUUGUCUUCGAUUCGAUAUCACUAUCGAAUGUGCCUUUUUCUAGUGGAAUGCUUCUUUAUACAAUUCAACUGUGACCCGAACUAACUCACGAGCCUAUGUUUUCCACAGUUUUUUUCAGAUCGUUUCCAUACAUUGAUUUGG